AUGCUUUUAAACCAGCUGAAAGAGAUCACAGGAAUUCAAGAUUCAGCUUUCCUUCAUGCGGCUCUAAAGGCUGCUAAUGGAGACCUAAUGGAAGCAGUCACCUUCCUGACGGAGGAGCACGCUCAGGAGCCGGCUCAGGACGCGGCUGCUGCAGAGCCGUCCGCUUGGGAAGGGAGCGCUGUGGGCAAACGGCUCCCACGAAAUGUUACUACUGCACUUACCCCUAACAACAAAGAUGACCUCCACGCAGUCGACGGCUUCAGACCACUGGAAUCGCCAAAAGCUCAGGCUGCGGACAGAGACGCUGCUGAAAGACCGCAGGAAGCGCAUUCUGCUGAAAACAAAAGUCGCCCCAAAAGGAAACGCUGUGAAGUCUGGGGAGAGAACCCCAAGCAGAAUGACUGGAGAAGAGCGGGUGACUGGCCCGUUGGAAUGAAAAAUAUUGGAAAUACAUGUUGGUUUAGCGCUGUCAUACAGUCUCUGUUUCAGUUGCCAGAAUUUCGGAGGCUGGUCCUUGGGUACUCCCUCCCACAAAAUGUGCUUGAAAGUUGUCGUAGUCGCACUGGAAAAAGAAAUAUUGCAUUCAUGCAAGAACUUCAGUGUCUGUUUGCUUUAAUGCUGGGGACACGUCGUAAGUUUGUAGACCCUUCUGCAGCACUGGAACUCUUGAGGGAUGCGUUUAGAUCCGCUGAAGAACAGCAGCAAGAUGUGAGUGAAUUUACACACAAACUACUGGACUGGCUGGAGGAUGCGUUCCAGCUUGCUGUGAAUGUCAAGAGCCCUGGGGACAAAUCUGAAAACCCAAUGGUACAACUUUUCUACGGGACUUUCUUGACUGAGGGUGUCCAUGAGGGCAAUACCUUUUCGAAGAUUGAAGCCUUUGGGCAGUAUCCCCUUCAGGUAAAUGGUUAUCGAAACUUGAAUGAGUGCUUGGAAGGAGCCAUGGUGGAGGGGGAGAUGGACGAGGCGACAGCAUCUCAGUCAGUGAAGUAUGGACAGGAGCGCUGGUUUACAAAACUCCCACCAGUACUGACCUUUGAACUCUCCCGAUUUGAGUUCAAUCAGUCACUAGGACAGCCAGAGAAAAUUCACACCAAGCUAGAAUUUCCCCAGACUAUUUAUAUGGACAGGUACCUCUACGGCAGUAAAGAGCUUAUUCAGAGGAAGAGAGAAGAAAUGAAGAGAUUGAAGGAGAAAAUGGUGAUUCUGCAGCAGAAACUGGAAAGGUACAUGAAAUACGGCUCUGGCCCGGCCCGCUUUCCGCUGCCCGACAUGCUCCAGUAUGUUCUCGAAUUCAUCGCUACAAAGCCAGUUGUUUCUUCUGCUCAGGGCUCUCAGACAACACUCUUGCAGCCCCAAGCCGAGCCUCCUGUUUUGGACGUGCUUUCACAGCCGAAUGGGUUAGUAAACAGAAAUAAAAAUAAUUCGACUGAAGAUGCAGCUUUCUUUUUGGCAAAUCCCUCGCCGCAGCAGAAAUCGAGUACGCGGCUCCAGCCUUCUGGUUCGCCAGCAGAAACGUCUGCAUGUCCAGCUCCUCACGUGGUUUCCGAGGAAGAGCUGAACCUUGUUCGGUCGUGUCUGCAGCGGUGGAGAAACGAGAUUGAACAAGAUGUGCAAGAUCUGAAGGAGUCUAUUACCAGAAUCAACCUGUCCAUUGAACAAAUGUACUGUGACCCUCUCCUCCAACAGGUUCCCUAUCGUUUGCAUGCAGUCUUGGUACAUGAAGGGCAAGCAAAUGCUGGUCACUACUGGGCCUACAUAUACGACCAGCCUCGAAAAAGCUGGCUGAAAUACAAUGACAUCUCAGUGACGGAAUCAUCGUGGGAGGAAUUGGAGAGAGAUUCAUUCGGAGGCUUGAAGAAUGCCAGUGCCUACUGCCUGAUGUACAUAAAUGAUAAGGUGUCCCGCUUUGUUGCAGGGUCGAAAACUGAAGAAAGAACUGUACUGCUGAGACACUACAUCCAGGAGGACAACUGGCGACUCGAGCAGGAGGCAGAGGAGUGGGAGGAGGAGCAAUCUUGCAAGAUUCCUCAGAUGGAGCCUUCACCUGCUUCUGAAUCACAGGACCUCUCUUCUGAAUCAGGACCAGAUCAGUCUUCAGUCUGUGAGCAGAGCGUGCGCUCUCUGUCCUCUGAACACGCCAUGAUUGCCAAGGAGCAGACUGCCAAGGCCAUUGCAAACACUGCCGACGCCUAUGAAAAGAACGGCGUUGAGGCAGCUCUCUGCGAGGUGAUGCUGAGUCCAGCCAUGCAAGGUGUCAUCCUGGCUAUUGCAAAAGCCCGCCAGACCUUUGAUCGAGAUGGGUCUGAAGCAGGGCUUGUUAAGGCGUUCCACGAGGAGUACUCCCGUCUCUACCUGCUUGCCAAAGAGACCCCGACCCCUCAGAACGACGCCCGGUUGCAACACGUGCUCAUUUACUUCCUGCAAAACAACGCUCCCCAGCAGGUAGUGGAACGGACCCUUCUUGAGCAGUUUGCGGACAAAAACCUCAGCUACGAUGAAAGGUCAAUUAGCAUUAUGAAGGUAGCACGAGCAAAGCUGAGGGAAAUUGGUCCUGACGACGUCGAUAUGGAGGAGUACAAGAGAUGGCACGAAGACUACAGUCUUUUUCGCAAGGUGUCAGUUUACCUGCUGACAGGGUUGGAGCUGUACCAGAAUAGAAAGUACCAGGAGUCGCUCACCUACCUGGUCUACGCCUACCAAAGCAACACCAAGCUGCUGAUGAAAGGAACCAACAGAGGAGUGAACGAAUCGCUGAUUGCCUUGUACAGAAGGAAGUGUCUCCUGAAGCUGAACGAGGUGGCAGCAUCUCUGUUCGUGAGUUGUGAAGAAGCUCGUGUGACAGAGGGCAUUAGCAUCCUGAACGAGCUGAUCAUCCCCUGCAUGCACCUCAUGAACAACUUCGAGAUCUCCAAAGAGGACCUGGAUGCCAUCGAGGUCAUGAGAAACCGCUGGUGCUCCUAUCUGGGACGAGAAGACAUGGACGCGAAACUGCAGAUGAAGCUGGGCGAAUUACUCCCCCGGCUCCUCGACUGCUCCACCGAGGUCGUUUUUCUGAAAGAGCCCCCGAAGAUCCGGCCCAACUCCCCCUACGACCUCUGCAGCCGGUUUGCAGCCGUGAUGGAGUCCAUUCACGGGGCCUCGACCGUGACUGUGAAAUAGACUGCGG